AUGGCGACGAACGUCGACAAGCUAGGGAAAAUGGACUCGAAGACGGAUAAGGCAAUGGUGUGUGACACACCAACCGAUCAGUCGGUGGCGGCAACCGACGACAAGGUAGAAUGGGAUGCCGGCCAGGAGCAGAGAGCGAAGAGGAAGAUCGAUCUGACGGUCCUCCCCCUUCUGGUCCUCGGACUCCUUAUGUUCCAACUCGACCGUAUGAACCUCGCAAGCGCUCUCACUGCGGGAUUCGCCAAGGAUAUCGACGUGAGCCAGGACACCAUCAACUUGGGGAACCAGCUCAUGUUCAUGGGCACUGUAGUUCUAGAAAUACCAUGCAAUUUGCUGCUGCAACGGUUCGGUCCACGAAAAUGGAUCUCCCUUCAGGUGUUGCUCUUUGGCCUUGUCGGAAUUCUCCAAGUCCUCGUCAAGAAUCGCGCCGGCUUCCUCGCCAUCCGCCUGAUGCUCGGCUUCACGGAGGCGGGCUACAUUCCGGCAUCGAUUUUCACGCUUUCAACAUGGUAUACGAAGCGAGAGCUGGCCAAGCGCGUUGCCAUCUUUAUGUUUGGCCAAUUCGGUGGUAACGGCUUGAGUCCUCUACUGGCAUCGGGCAUCCUAAAAAUGGAGGGUCAUCUUGGCUUGAAGGUGGAGGGUCUUUUUACUCUUGCGGUGGCUUUGAUGUUCAUCUUCCUCCUCCCCGGCUCGCCCGACACCCCGAAACCGAUAGGAAGCCCGGGCCUGGUCCGAUUCUCGAGAAACCAGCAGGAGAUCCUCCAGAAGCGCCUUGAGAUUGACGGUCAGGUAAAGAGACAUGGUAUCCACGGUCUUGAAAUCCCUUGGGCUCUGGUUUGGAAGACUGUCGGCCACUACAGGCGGUGGCCGCAUUACGUCUCCACGUUUUGCGCAUUCUCGACCUGGUCACCAUUGACGACGUAUACUCCUUCAAUCAUCAUGGCCCUCGGCUUCGAUCGGAUCAGCGCCAACGCACUGGCAGCGGUCGGUGCCACUCUUGCCAUGGUGGUCGUCUUUGCGUUCGCAACAAUGAGCGACAGAACGAACAAACGAGGAGGGACCGUCUUGACGGCGCACAUAUGCUAUUUAACCAUCUUGGUGGUUGCCCGCAGUGUUCAUCCGCAUGUUGAGAAAUGGUCCAGAUGGGGACUGUGGACGGCCAUCAACGCCUUUUCGGUUUCCUACCAUCCGGCGCAUAACACCUGGGUGCAGGUGAACUGUCGCGAGGCAGGAGAGCGGAGCAUUGCUAUUGCGAUGUGGGUGAUGUCCGCCAUCAGUGGUCUAAUGGUCGGUUCUCAAUAUUUCAGGGCGAACGAUCUUCCUUUGUAA